ACUCUACAAAAAUUACCGAAUACCAUUAAUUCAAUAAAGAAGGAUACCAUCAAUGAUUGGCGAUUCAGCAAUUAAGCUAGCAAAAGAAGCCAAACGAACUGCAGAUGCACCUAUAUCGCCAUACAAUGAUAAACUGGUUGAAGACAUUUGUCGUGAAAUCCGCUUACUGCAUAAUGAAGCGAAGCAAAUCGUGAACAACAUGAAGGCAUCAGGGGACCUCACACAGGAACAUGACGUUACUGCGCAAAUCAUGUUGCGUCAUUUAACCAUUAAAAGGAAUAAGAGGGUGCUUUUCGCUUACCACAAACAGAGAGUAUCAAAAUUGAAAGAUAUCGUGUGGAAUGCUGGACUACAAUCGCGCUAUAAAAGUGAAAUAAGACAUAACAUUGGAGAAAACGACAAGAAAUUCAUAAAAGAUUACUCGCAGAUUGUUGAAAAGUAUAAGCAUGCUUAUUUGGAUAUUGAUCUGGGUGGACCUGGCGGUGCCAGUUUAGAACCACCAGUUGAUUUAUUUAUUCAAGUUCGUGUCAUGAAGGACGCAGGCGAAAUCACUACAGAAUUCGGAACUCUCAAUUUAGUGAAAGGAAAUCAAUAUUACGUGAAGAGGACAGAGGUUGAAUCGUUGAUUAGAGCCGGCUAUCUUGCACAUAUUACUGACAAAAACUAACCACUUGCUAUGAAAAAUUACUCGCACAAUAAUUAUCUACACGUAUUACUGACAAAAACUCACCAUUUACUAUGGAACAUCAUCGCACAAUAAUUAUCUACACAUAUACCACUAUCCACUCUACAUAUCCAACUUCAUCCGUCAGUACGUCUA